UCUCCACUGCAGAGACAACUCUUUGUUGAUCCCUGCUGUCAUUGGCUUCUCCAAACCCUAAUCGCGAGAUUUUAUAGUUCGGAACCUCAGAAUUUUGAUCGAAUCGUGUUUGAUUGGUGAGUUGUGUUUGUUGCUCGAUUGGGAUUUUGGGUGUUGCGGAGAUGGAUAUUCCUAGUCUUGCCAUGGUUCUUCAAGCAGCUCUUAGUCCCAAUCCGGAUGAGCGAAAAGCUGCAGAACAGAGCCUCAAUCAGAUCCAGUACACUCCGCAGCAUCUAGUGAGACUGUUGCAGAUCAUUGUAGAUGGAAAUUGUGAUUUGGGCGUGAGGCAAGUUGCAAGUAUUCAUUUCAAGAAUUUUGUGGCGAAACACUGGUCACCUCAUGAGCCUGAUGAGCAGCAGAUCUUGCCAGGUGAUAAGGACUUGGUGAGGCAGAACAUUCUUGUUUUUGUUGCACAAGUUCCACCAUUACUAAGGGUACAGCUUGGAGAGUGCCUCAAAACGAUCAUCCAUGCAGAUUACCCAGAGCAAUGGCCUAGCCUCUUGCAAUGGGUUAAGCAUAACUUACAGGAUCAACAAGUGUAUGGAGCUUUAUAUGUGCUGAGGAUUCUUGCUAGGAAAUAUGAGUUUAAGUCAGAUGAAGAGAGGACACCUGUAUAUCUCAUUGUCGAGGAGACAUUUCCCCAUCUGCUCAAUAUAUAUAAUAGACUUGUUCAGAUUGUUAACCCUUCACUGGAAGUAGCAGAUUUGAUCAAACUCAUCUGCAAAAUUUUCUGGUCAUCCAUAUAUUUAGAGAUUCCAAAGCAGCUGUUUGAUCCAAAUGUAUUCAAUGCAUGGAUGAUUCUUUUUCUAAAUAUAUUGGAGAGACCUGUUCCUUUAGAGGGACAGCCAACAGAUCCAGAGAUCAGAAAAUCAUGGGGAUGGUGGAAAGUGAAAAAAUGGACAGUUCACAUUUUAAAUCGGCUAUAUACUCGGUUUGGAGAUUUGAAGCUUCAAAAACCAGAAAACAAAGCCUUUGCUCAAAUGUUUCAGAAGAAUUAUGCUGGCAAGAUUUUGGAGUGCCACUUGAACUUGUUGAAUGUGAUCCGUGUAGGUGGCUACUUACCUGAUAGGGUUACAAACCUUAUUCUGCAAUAUCUGAGCAACAGUAUUUCAAAGAAUAGUAUGUAUCAGUUGUUACAGCCACGGUUGGAUGGUCUACUUUUUGAGAUAAUUUUUCCUCUUAUGUGCUUCAAUGACAAUGAUCAAAAGCUUUGGGAUGAAGAUCCACAUGAGUAUGUAAGAAAAGGAUAUGAUAUUAUUGAAGAUUUAUAUAGUCCUAGAACUGCUUCAAUGGAUUUUGUCAGUGAGUUGGUCCGAAAACGUGGUAAAGAGAAUCUUCAAAAGUUUAUUCAAUUUAUUGUAGAGAUAUUUAAGAGAUAUGAUGAGGCUCCAAUAGAGUAUAAACCUUACCGGCAAAAGGAUGGUGCUCUUCUUGCUAUUGGAGCAUUAUGUGAUAAAUUAAAACAAACUGAGCCUUACAAGUCAGAGCUUGAACGCAUGUUAGUGCAACAUGUUUUCCCUGAGUUCAGCAGUCCUGUUGGCCAUCUUAGAGCAAAGGCUGCAUGGGUUGCCGGUCAAUAUGCACAUAUCAACUUCUCAGAUCAGAACAAUUUCCGCAAAGCUCUGCACAGUGUUGUUUCUGGGUUGCGUGAUCCAGAACUUCCUGUCCGUGUUGAUUCAGUUUUUGCAUUGCGCUCUUUUGUUGAAGCUUGCAAAGAUUUGGGUGAGAUCCGUCCAAUUCUUCCUCAAUUACUUGAUGAGUUCUUUAAACUUAUGAAUGAGGUUGAGAAUGAGGACCUUGUAUUCACUCUUGAGACCAUUGUGGACAAGUUUGGUGAAGAAAUGGCUCCUUAUGCUCUUGGAUUGUGCCAGAAUCUGGCUGCUGCAUUCUGGAAGUGUAUGAACACCGCUGAAGCCAAUGAUGAGGCUGACGAUACAGGUGCUUUGGCUGCUGUUGGUUGUUUGCGUGCUAUAAGCACAAUUCUAGAAUCUGUGAACAGGCUUCCACAUCUCUUUGCGCACAUUGAGCCUACUCUAUUGCCCAUAAUGCGCAGGAUGUUGACUACUGAUGGACAAGAGGUUUUUGAGGAAGUUCUGGAAAUUGUCUCAUAUAUGACAUUCUUUUCUCCAACAAUUUCAAUGGAGAUGUGGAGUCUUUGGCCUUUAAUGAUGGAAGCAUUGGCAGAUUGGGCUAUAGAUUUCUUUCCUAAUAUUUUGGUUCCAUUAGACAAUUACAUAUCCAGGAGUACUGCACAUUUCCUAACAUGCAAAGAUCCUGACUACCAGCAAAGCCUUUGGAAUAUCCUUUCAUCCAUCAUGGCGGAUAAAAAUAUGGAGGACAAUGAUAUUGAGCCUGCACCCAAGCUAAUUGAAGUAGUGUUUCAGAACUGUAAAGGCCAGGUGGAUCAGUGGGUUGAGCCAUACCUCAGAAUCACAGUUGAUCGGUUACGUCGAACAGAGAAGUCUUACCUGAGAUGUCUUCUGAUGCAAGUGAUAGCUGAUGCUCUUUACUACAAUCCAUCUUUGACACUCGGUAUACUUCAAAAGCUUGGGGUUGCAACAGAAGUAUUUAAUCUAUGGUUUCAAAUGUUGCAACAAGUAAAAAGAAGUGGUGUUCGUGCAAACUUCAAAAGGGAACAUGACAAAAAAGUUUGCUGCUUGGGAUUGACAUCACUUUUUACUCUUCAUGCGGAUCAAUUACCCGCGGAAGCAUUGCUACGUGUUUUGAAGGCAACACUUGAUCUGCUUGUUGCCUACAAGGAGCAAGUGGCUGAAGCUGCCAAGGAAGAAGAUGCUGAAGAUGAUGAUGAUAUGGACGGCUUUCAAUCUGAUGAUGACGAUGAUGAAAAUGAAGGUUCUGACAGGGAAAUGGGAGUUGAUGCUGAGGAUGGUGAUGAAGCUGACAGUGUUAGGCUUCAAAAAUUAGCAGCUCAGGCCAAGGCAUUCCGUCCCAAUGAUGACUCAGAUGAUGAUGACUCAGAUGAUGAUUACAGUGAUGAUGAAGGGUUGCAAUCACCAAUCGAUGAGGUGGACCCAUUUGUCUUCUUUGUUGAUACCAUGAAAGUAUUGCAAGCAUCAGACCCAGCACGGUUCCAGGGCCUUAUGCAGACGCUUGACUUCCAUUAUCAGGCACUGGCAAGUGGUAUAGCCCAGCAUGCAGAGCAGAGGAGAGUUGAGAUAGAGAAAGAGAAACUGGAGAAAGCGGCUGCCACCUAAUGUUCCUAGGUGAUUUCAUGUUGAGGCUUAAUAUUUUGCUAUUCUCCCUUAGUCUUGCCGAAUCCAUUUUUUAUUGAUUGCAAGUCCCCGAAGGAGGUAUUGGUUCAUUGUCAUGGAGGUCAGUGAUCCAAAGGGUCUUAAAGUAACUGGACCAUAACGAGCCCUGGGUCCCGAAGAGAAUGAUGCAGGCAGCAGAGUCGGGACUGUAUUUUCAUUGCUGUGGUGCUUCCACAUGCUAGAGCGCAUGUUGGGUAAGUUGUCCUCCGUUGGGUGUGGCUAUUCUAUGGCAGAAGAGUCUGUGCCCAUCAGUUUUCGUGUCCUCUCUAUAUAUUCUUGUUGGAGUCGCAUCAAUAUUUGUUGGGAAGAAAAUUCCCCUUUGCUUUUUUCCCUUUUUUAGUUCUUCCUUCUUUUCCCUACCCCAGUUUUCUCUCUUCGGUAGACCCUAGUCACAAUGAAGUAUAUUUGUUAAGAAACCCUUGGAUCUGCUGUCUUUUGUGUGAUGCAGGGAGGGUUUCAAGUAUAGAGUGUACAUGAUUGUUCCUUUUUUAUUUUUUUAUUUUUUGUUAAUGACCGAUCUGCACUGAAUCUGUUGAUAAUUUUUGGUGGAGGGUUUUGUAGUCUAUUUCUUGGUUGAGGGUUUUGGUUUUUC